ACAGGGGCUGGUGAAUGGGCGGGGCUUAACAGAUCUUUCAGUCUUAUAAAUUCGCUCAACUCCGUCUCUUUGGCAUUAAACAACAGCAUAAAGUCUUACGUAGGAAAAGCCUGGGGGGGUCACGCCAAGUUUGUUUUGCCACACUGAAGCUCCUGUAACUCCUGCUUCCUCGCCUUCCUAUGUUAGGAUUUUGUUUCCUCUGUGAUCUUCAAUUUGUUCUAACCAGGAUAUUCCUACCUUUUUGGGGAGCUUUUUUGGAUAACCUUUUCCCGUCUGCUGCUGACGCUUAGUGGCGGACUAAGGAGACCCGAGAGGAUGGCUUUAGGGUUAUUAUUAUGUCUUCUGGCCUUGCAGUCGACCCACCUGGUGCACUCUUCGGGCGUUUUUGAGCUGAAGGUUCACUCCUUCACCAGCUCUCGGAGUAGUUGCAAAACUCCACGUGAGUGUCAGAUCUUUUUCCGUGUAUGUCUCAAACAUGCUCAGGCGGUCAUCUCUCCAGAGCCUCCUUGUACAUACGGGACUGGCCACACGGAAAUCUUGCCCACAGAUCAGAGCGCUAUCGCUGACGGUGCUUAUAUUCGGGUGCCCUUUCACUUCAAGUGGCCGGGCGUUUUUUCUCUAAUUAUCGAAGCCUGGAAUGCAGACUCCACUGAACAAUCCACAGAAAAUCCAAGUAACAUGAUCAGCCGUUUGGCCACCAAGAGAAGGCUGGCAGUCGGUGAAGACUGGUCCCAGGAUGUGCACUUUGGCGAGCAGAGCGAGCUGCGCUACUCGUAUCACGUCGUCUGCGACGAACACUACUACGGCGAGAGCUGCUCAGACUACUGCCGUCCUCGGGACGACACAUUCGGACACUACACGUGUGAUGAAGUGGGAAUCCGAAACUGCUUGUACGGCUGGAAAGGAGACUACUGCUCAGAACCCAUCUGCCUGCCGGGUUGCAGCGAGAACCACGGUUACUGCGAGCGCCCUGGAGAGUGCAAGUGUCGGAUUGGGUGGCAGGGACGCCUGUGCGACGAGUGUGUGCGCUACCCCGGCUGUCUGCACGGCACCUGCAGCAAGCCCUGGGAGUGCAACUGCCAGGAGGGUUGGGGCGGACUCUUCUGCAACCAGGACCUGAACUACUGCACCAACCAUAAGCCCUGCUUAAAUGGGGCCACCUGCACCAACACCGGACAGGGGAGCUAUACGUGCGCCUGCCGGCCAGGCUACAGCGGCACCAACUGCGAGCUGGAGACCAACGAGUGCGACAGCAACCCCUGCAAGAACGGCGGCAGCUGCAACGAUCUUGAAAAUGACUACACGUGCUCCUGUCCGCAAGGCUUUUAUGGUAAGAACUGUGAGAUCAGUGCCAUGACUUGUGCGGAUGGGCCUUGCUUCAAUGGUGGCACGUGUGUGGAGAAGCCCACCGGUGGCUACUCCUGUCAGUGUCCGACUAACUACAUGGGCUCCAACUGUGAAAAGAAAAUCGACCGUUGCAGCAACAACCCCUGUGCUAAUGGGGGGAGCUGUUUGGAUCUUGGCCGCAGCAUGCUAUGCCGAUGUCGGCCUGGUUUUGCUGGCCCCCGUUGUGAGAUCAAUGUGGAUGACUGUGCCCGUAGUCCCUGCCGAAACGGCGGCACCUGUGUAGAUGGCAUCAAUGAUUAUACCUGUACUUGUACCCUGGGCUACACUGGCAAGGACUGUGCUGUCCGGUCAGAUGCCUGCAGCUUUUUCCCUUGCAAGAAUGGUGGCACAUGCUUUACCCACUUCACAGGUCCUGUCUGCCAAUGUCCGCCCGGUUUCAUGGGGCCCAGCUGCGAGUUCAGCCUGAAGCCUACAAACGUCCCAGAGCAAGCCAAGGAGCAAUUCCCAGUUGCUCUGGCUGUCUCUUUUGUCCUUGGAAUUAUAACCUUGGCUCUUGUGGUUUGUGCGGCCACCAUUGUGCUCCGGCAGAUGCGACAGAACCAGAAAGGCUUGGGGCCUGCUGUCCGAAAUGACCUGGAAACCAUCAACAAUCUCUCCCAGUUUCAAAGAGAGAAGGAGGCUUUCAUCAUCCCAGGAGGAGCGGGCCACUGUAAAGUCACCAACAAGGAUGCCCAACUGAGUUCUGAAGGCCUCUCUGAUAAGGCAGGGUACAAGCAGAGAUUGAUGGAUUACAACUACGCAGAGGAAGAAGCUGUGAGCAAAAACAAGUUUGACCAUAAACGGACUGAGCAGAUCAUAUCAGUGUCUUCACUCACCUUUCAAAAAGAAUCCCUUCACCACCCAGUUUACAUUAUUCCAGAACAAAUUGAACAGUGCGUGUUUGCCACAGAGGUAUAAAAAAACUGACCUUCCUCACAAGUUGAAGAGAAUUUUUUUUUUUUCAUAAAGAAAAAUGUUUACAUUUUUUCAUCAAAGGACAAUGAUUUUUUUUUUUUUUUAAAUCUAUUUAAUAUUUAUUCAUGCUGCUCAUUUUUGAACAAAAUAUUUUUAAAGGAAAAGACUCCCUAUUUCUUUUUGGUUUGCUUAAGAACGACAGCUGAGAUGAUGUCGGGAAUGAAGUAGGCCGAAAUCCUAUUUGCACUUCUUUUUGAUAUAUUUUUAUCAUCAUUAUUUUUGUAACUAAUGAUCUACGAAUGAAUGACAACCAAGGAUUUUUUUUUUUAGUAUUUUUCUUUUUAUUUCAUUCUUGAAAAGGCUGGAC